GAUGUGGUUUCCUCUCAUUUUAAUUCUUUACGAUAUGGUUUCCUAUGAAUCGCAGCAUUGAGAAUUGAAAAUAAAUUUACGAUGUGGUUUCCUAUGAAUCGCAGCAUUGUGACAUUAGAUCUCUUACAUGUUCUGGAUUGGUUGGCUUGUGACUUUAUAAAAAAGAAGUAUCUACUUCAAGUGGGGAUGGGAAGAAGAAAGGGAAGAUUUGGGGUGAUUUCAGGAAAAUGAAAAGAGAUGCCAUUCUGAAAGGAACCAGAAAAAGUUCAAAAUCUGAGUUUGAUAGGUACCUUGAGGAGGAGGAUGAUGAUGAAGUGGUUACACGAGCAUUGGUGGGUUCAGAAGAGGAUGAAUACAAAUUUGACAUCUUGGGAUGGUGGUCGCGAAGUGGGAUGAAAUAUCCUACUAUUUCUGAGAUGGCUAGGGAUAUUCUUGCUGUUCCUAUUUCCACUGUUGCUUCUGAGUCGGCAUUCAGCACAGGAGGUCGAGUUUUAGAUUCGUUUAGGACCUCCUUAUCCCCUGAAGUUGUGGAGGCGUUGAUUUGUUGUGAAGAUUGGAUAAGAUCUUCAGACUCUGAGUUGGUGGCUGAUGGAGAAGAUGAGGGUGAUGAAGUGGUAUUUCAAAAUGUAUAUGUAGCUUUUCAAGCUCGGAGUGCAAGUGCACCUGCAGGUCCUAGUGGAAGCUCUCGUGCAGGACCCAGUGGAAGCUCUCCUGCUACCCAUGUUUUGGUCUCGAGUCCACCUAUGUCACAAGUGGAAGAAGACUAUGUCGACAACAAUUCCGAUGAGAAUGAUGAGACUUAUGUAGAUGUAGAGCCUGAUGAGGAGUUAUAAUGGUAGUAGUAUUUAUCUUGUAUGGUGGAUGAAUUUUUAUUUUACUUGGAUGUUAUCAUUUGAGAAUUGUAAAACUAAUGUGUUUAAUUACGAGUUGAACUUGGUCCCCCAUAAACAAAAUGAGGUAAGCAACUCAUGUGAAACAAUUCAUAAAACGGUAGAUUUUGCACACAAUCAUCUCAAAAAAUUUUAAAAAAACCCCAAACAAUCUCAAAAUAAAUAAAAACUUAACCCCUCAAUAGUCACCUUUCCUUCUCUAACUUCUUAUUUAUGAAUUUUUAAAUCAAACUCGUCUCAUCUAAAUGAAAUUAUAAUCAAGGA